GCGGCAACAGCCUCCUCCUCCUCCUCCUGGCGGGCCCCGCCCCCUGUCAUGGCGGCCCUCCCCUCAGCCUGCCGGCGGCCUCUGCGGGCGGAGGAGGCGACGACCAGGCCCGUCGGGUAGGCCGAGCCGGAGCGCCAGAGCCCGCGGCCGGAGCGGGCCCCUCGCAGCCCAGCGACCAGGAGCCGCCUCGGGGUCCCGGCUCAAGGGGACGCCGACGCCGUUCCCGCCCUGCUGCUGCUACCUGCCGGCCCCGGCCCCGCUCGGGCAGUGUUGGAUGUGGGAGAGGAUGGAGACCAAGACGGUGGUCUACGACCUGGACACGUCCGGGGGGCUGAUGGAGCAAAUCCAGGCGCUGCUGGCGCCUCCCCGGAGCGACGACGGCGGCGGGGGCAGCGAGAAGCGGAGCCGGCGGCCCGAGCGAGGCGGCGACGCGCACCACCACCACCACCACGGCGGAUCCCAGCAGCAGCAGCAGCAGCACCACCACCACGCGCACCACCCGCCGCCGCACCACCACCCGCCGCCGCACCACCCGCACCACCACCACCACGCCGGGCCGCCGCCGCACCACCCGCACCACCACUCGGCCUCCGCGGCGGCGGCCCAGCACCGGCGGAGCGGCCGCGCCACCAACCACGACAGCUGCGACAGCUGCAAGGAAGGCGGCGACCUGCUGUGCUGCGACCACUGCCCCGCCGCCUUCCACCUCCAGUGCUGUAAUCCUCCGUUGAGUGAGGAGAUGCUGCCUCCCGGGGAGUGGAUGUGCCAUCGCUGUACUGUGCGCCGAAAGAAGAGGGAGCAGAAGAAGGAACUGGGCCACGUGAAUGGCUUGGUGGACAAGUCUGGGAAAAGGACCACAUCCCCCACCAGCGAUGCGGACUAUUUGGACCGGGCCGGCGGCGGAGGGGGCCUCCGGACUCUCUCCCACACCCGGCUCUUGGAGCGGAGGGCCAGCCGGCCCGGCACGCCCACCUCCAACGCCAGCACCGAGACGCCCACCUCGGAGCAGAAUGAUGUUGACGAGGACAUAAUCGAUGUGGACGACGACUCCUCCGCGCCCGCUGCAGAACCAGAUGGCGGGCAACCCCACCUAAAGCGGCCUUUUGAGCUGCUCAUUGCCGCAGCCAUGGAAAGGAACCCCACCCAGUUCCAGCUGCCCAACGAACUGACCUGCACCACAGCACUUCCAGGUACCAGUAAGAGGAGGAGGAAGGAGGAGACCACUGGGAAGAACGUCAAGAAGGCGCAGCACGAGCUAGACCACAACGGCUUGGUUCCCUUGCCGGUGAAAGUCUGCUUCACCUGCAGCAGGAGUUGCCGUGUAGCCCCUCUCAUCCAGUGUGAUUACUGCCCGCUCCUGUUCCACAUGGACUGCCUGCAGCCUCCUCUCACGGCAAUGCCCUUGGGCAGGUGGAUGUGCCCAAACCACAUCGAGCACGUGGUGCUGAACCAGAAGAACAUGACGCUGAGCAACCGGUGCCGGGUGUUUGACCGCUUCCAGGACACCGUCUCCCAGCAUGUGGUCAAGGUGGAUUUCCUGAACCGAAUCCACAAGAAGCACCCGCCCAACCGCCGCGUGAUGCAGUCGAUGAAGCGGAGGGGGUCGAAGGUUCCGGAUGCUAUAAAGUCCCAGUACCGGAUCCCGCCCCCACUGCUGGCGCCUGCGGCAAUCCGAGACGGAGAGCUCAUCUGUAACGGGGUCCCCGAGGAGCCCUCCUCGCACAAGCACCUUUGCAGUCCGGAGCACUUAGCCUCCCAGUCGGAACAGCAGGAGUGGUUGUGCAGCGUCGUUGCCCUGCAGUGCAGCAUCUUGAAACACUUAUCUGCUAAGCAGAUGCCUUCGUCGUGGGACUCCGAAAAGGCAGAUGUGAAGCCGGUGAUCGUGGCCGGGCCGUACCAGGCGGCCGACAAGCCCAGCGUCCCAUCCGUCUUCUCGAUAACCUGCGCCCCGGGGCUCGUCCCCCAGAACUCUUUGCAGGAGGACGCCCGCUACCCCUCAUGUACAGACAGGCCCAAGAACGUGUCCCCCUGCGGGGCAUCCAACGGCCCCAGCCCUGCUGUGGAGGUGAAAAUCAACGGUCCCCACUUGUACGGUGAUGCUUCAGCGCACUUGACUGACUCUCCCAGGCUAAGCGGGCCGGGCGGUACAAUCCCGGUGCCGUCUCACCGGCAGCAGCCCUGGCCCCGGCCCGCCACCCCUCCGGUCGCUUCUGGGCUUCUCAAUCACACGGCCGGAGCAGUGGUCAAAACUGAGAACGCGGCAGGCCCUGUCUCGUGCACACAUAGGGGCGCCGUGCCAGCCACGGGCAUGCCGGCCUCCAUCCCGGGCUCCUGUGCCAGCCUGGAAACAACCAACGCUUUCCAGAGAAAGAACACGCAGGCACAAACUGGGCCACUGCUGGCUGCGGAUCUGGGAGCGAUGGAUUCUCCCCCAACGGCCACUCGGGCGCUCACUCCUCCCCAAGCAGCUGCGGGCGAUGCCAUCGGAACUUCUCACGGCUUCUGCUCACCAGCUCCACCUUCAGAUGGCAAGGGCAGCCCGGGCCCCAUAUUCAUCGGAAGCAUUUUAGCUUCCCCCUCAUUGCUCCUUUCCAGUUCUUCGGCCACGCUUGACCUCGCCAGUUCCCUGAAAGCAGUAAUGGAUGGCAGUGGAGAGAUUGAGAUCAACAUGUUGGACGAGAAACUGAUCAAGUUCCUGGCCUUGCAGAGAAUACACCAGCUCUUCACUUCCAAAGUCCAGCCCUUUGCAGGCAGCGUUGGUCCCCACCAGCCCAGUCCUGCACGCAGCCCUGCUGAAGGGCAGAGGAAGGAGGUGCAGGCCCGGGCCGUUUUCUACCCUCUGCUGGGGAUGGGCGGUGCCGUGAACAUGUGCUACCGAACUCUCUACAUUGGGACAGGAGCUGACAUGGACGUGUGCCUUACAAACUACGGUCACUGCAACUACGUGUCAGGCAAACACGCCUGCAUCUUCUACGACGAGAACACCAAACAUUACGAGCUGCUCAACUACAGCGAGCACGGCACAACGGUGGACAACGUCCUCUACUCGUGUGACUUCUCUGAGAAGACAGCCCUCGUCCCUCCCAGCAGCUUGGUUGCCAAAGUACAAAGCGUGAUUAAGCGCCACAAGAGCCGUAAGCAGCCGGAGGAAGAGCAGCCGAGCGAAGACGCCGCGGUGAUGCGGUCCCAGGCCCAAGGGCUGUGCCAGAAGCCCUGCAACUGCAAAGCCAGUAGCUCCAGCCUGAUCGGGGGCAGCGGAGCCGGAUGGGAGGGGACAGCUUUACUGCACCACGGCAGCUACAUCAAGCUGGGCUGCCUGCAAUUCGUCUUCAGCAUUACGGAGUUCGCGACCAAACAACCCAAGGGUUCUGCCUUAGUAGUACAAGACACGGACUUGGAAGAGAAACUGUCGCCCAAGGCCCACCAGGUCCCCGUGCUGCGCUCCAACUCAGUGCCCUAGGAGCCGUGGAUGCCAAGGGGGGGGCAGGCGGGUGGAGGGGGGAAUCCCCCCCCUCCUGAGAACAAGAGACGCACGUUUCAACAAACACAAACCAUGUCUGUCUGGAUUUCCCCGCCCCCCUCCCCGAUGUGGGCCACAGACUGUUGACACCCUUUGCAUGAAAUGAAGAACUUUAAUUUUUUUUUUAAUCGUUUGCUCAAGUUUUAGGGGCAUUUGCACAUAUAUUUGUACUAUACAUUUCAUUUAAAACCGAAAAGGAAACUGCAACGUGUGGAGGGCCGCGCUGGACGGAGCCAGCGGGAGGGUCUGGCGCACGCUUGCCCUGCGUCACCCAGCGCUCCCUUGCAGUUGUAAAAUAAUCAAAAACUUGUUCUAUUUUGUGCCAGUGACAAUAGUUUUUAUAUUAAAAAAAAAAGAGAGAGAGAAAUACAGUUUUCAUACAGCAAAA